AUGGAAGGUCUUGAUCUGUUACAAGAAUUGUUCCCAGAGACUCCUGUCGGGAAGUUGAAGGCCGCCUUAGAGAGCUCUGGCUCUGAUGUUGAAACAGCUACUGCUAUAGUAUUGAGUGAAAAUCGGAUUGCGGAAAGCAUGCAGGCAAAGCAAGUGACAAGACGAUUGGGUGAUGGAGCUGAAUUGGGUCUGACGGACAAUACCCCAGCUUCCACGACAGUCACUAAUUUAAAGCAAAAACUGCAUCGCCCUGUCCAUAAGUUUGAUAAAUUCCAAAACGUCGAUGAUGUCAAUUUUGUAAAUGAUGGUGAUAAUGGUAACGCGUGGCAAUCGUCUACUUCAUCUGUUGGCCAUAUAGCCAGGAUUCUUCAUAUUUCCGAAGCAACUGCUCUUACCGCUUAUUAUUCUAACUCAAUGAACGCUGGAAAAGCAGCGAUAGACUUGAUUUUACGGUCAGAUCGAUACAGUGCGAAGGAUUCACGAAAUCAGGCUGAACCAGAACAGCCUGUUAAAACUUCAAGAGCUCACCGUGGUGGUUGUGUUCAAGCACGAGGUUUGAUGCAUUACCAGGAAGAAAAACCAUUGCCUCACAAACCGGUCGUUAGUCGACAAACUUCUUCGAUCAUGGCGCAUUCAAGUAGUAAAUAUACAGAAAAUGGCCCUGAAGCCCUGGAACUCCAAAAUUUGAUCGCAAGUAACCCAAAUCUGAGCCGAGUUUCGAAACAAUUUUGGCAAGCCGCUCUUCAGCAUUACGGCGGUAACGUUUAUGAUACCGUUUUACUUGGAGAUUUCAUUCUCGAGCAGAAAUGCAGUCAAUUCACUUUUCAAGAGACCCCCAAGCGACAAGAAAUCCUUCCAUCAGAAGCCGUCUCGCAAACCAGACGCAAUGGGUCUCGUGGACUUGGUACGCAAAUGCAAAAUGUCAGUUUAAGCAGGGAUUUGAAAGUACUCUCAGACCCUUCACCAGAAUCAUUUGUAAGUCAGGAUAGUUACAAUCGUGCCAAAAGCAUUGUCGAAAAUACCUUAGUCGCUUUUCGAGCUGAUUUGCAUGGUUUCCUAAUAGAAGAAGCACUCGCGGUCUGCAAAGAGUGUCUUCGAAUAUGGUGGACCGAGGAAUUCGCACUAAAAGAGCGAAAUGGGAGACAUUUAAACCGGAAACAAGCUUCUAACAUUCCACCAUUUACGGUAAUUACAGGACGAGGACUACACAGCGCGGGAGGUUAUUCGAAAGUGCGGAAAAAGGUACAACUUUAUCUCGACAGUAAUGCAUAUAUAUACGAUGAAGAGCCAUCAUUCUUUAUCGUAACUGGCCGCAAGAGGAAGAAUUUUUGA